AUGAUAUACGAUUUCUAAAAAUAUCAAGAUAAUAUUUGUGAACUCUCUAUUGAAGAAUUAGAAAGUUUUAGUAUUAACUUAAAAGCUUUAAUCAAUCCUGGUAAAAAUUAAUCUGAAAAAUAAAUUUUACUUAGAUUAUUUUAAAUGUUACAAAAUGAAAUACUUUCCAAAGAAUUUUAGUAGAAUUUUAAUAACUAAAAUAUUUAAAUGACAAAUAGAUUGAUUCACUUAUACAAUUUUGGAUCAGCUUCAUUCUCAUAAGAUAGUAGAUAUUUAAUUGUUAGCUAUUACUUAGAAGUUUCAAUCAUAAAGAUCUUAGAAAUUGAAAAUAACUUUUAAAUUUUUGCUUAAUUCAGUACAAGUGUGCACCCAAUUGAUAGUGUAUUACUCUCAUUUGAUAAUUAACAUAUUUUGAGCUUUAAUAGCGAGUAUUUCUAAGUAUGGAGUAGCAAAUAAAAUAACAGUUUAUUUGAAAUAGCUUUUAAUUUUUAGAGAAAGGCUAGAAUAAAUUCUAUAACUUUCUCACCGAAUAAUAAAUAUAUAGUAGCUGCAUAUGAAGAUAAGAAUUUUAAAGUUUGGGAUGCACAAAAAGAGUAUUAGCUCUUAAAAAUCAUAGAAGCCCAUAAUAACGAAGUUAAAUGUGCUGUUUUUUCUAAUAAUUCUUAGUAUCUAGCAACUGGAUCAACUGAUAGAACAUUCAGUAUUUGGGACUCAGAGAACGAUUUUUAAUUAAUCAUACAAAUAGCCACUCAUCAUGAAAUUUUAAAUAUUGGGUUUUCAUUUGAUUGCUAAUAUAUUGUGACAAGUUUUGCUGAUAAAACUUGCUAGGUUUGGGAUAUGAAAAAUAAAUUUCAUCUUAUUAACACAAUAAAUUCUGUUUUAUUUAUGGAUAUAUCUAAAAGAGAUUUGAGCUUAGCAACAGCUAAUGAUGAUAAAACUUGUAAAAUCAUCAAUUUAUCUAAUUAAUUUGUAGUCAAAACUAUUGAUUUAUUUUCUGAAUAAAUUAGCUGUAUUUAAUAUUCUUACAGUCAAAAUUAUUUAGCAAUUGCUUCUAUUGACAAAAGCCUUAAAAUAUUGAAUAUUUUAAAAGAUUAUGAGCAUUUAAUCACAAUAAAUAAUAAUGUUAGUCCAAUUAUAUCGAUUUCUUUUUCUUAAGAUGGCAAGCAUCUAGCAGCCUGCUUUUCUGAUAAUUCUUUUUGCCAAAUUUUUAAUGUACAGUGCAAUUUUAAGUUAGAAAGUAGAAUUUAAGUGAAAGCAUCUGUAGCAAUAUUUUCACCAGACAGUAAAUAUCUAGUUACUAAUUCAAAUAAUACAGACGAGUCUUCACUAAAUAUAUGGAAUUUAUAAAACUAUUUUGAAGAAUUCGACUAAAAAUAAAAACAUACUUAACAAAUUUUAAGUAUAGCUUUUUCAAAUGAUUAGAAGUAUUUUGCAACUAGCUCAUCAGAUAGAUUGUGCAAAAUUUGGGACAUUAACAAUGGUUUUUAAUUUUUACAUUAAAUCAAAGAUCAUACUGAUGAAGUCAAUUUGAUUGCUUUUUCUAAAGAUAGUAAUUAUUUGAUUACCACCUCAUUAGACAAAACUUUAAAGAUUUGGAAUACAAAAGAUGGUUUUAGUCUUAUUAAAAGUAUCAAUGCUGAUAUUUAUUAUAUUUAAUCUAUGGAUUUAACAAAUGAUUAUUUAGUUACAGUUUCAACAUAUGAAUUAAAAAUUUGGGAUAUUAAAAAAUAAUUUGAACUUUUAAAUAUAAAAGAUUUAUAAAUAGGAUAAAUUAAAAAAAUCGGAUUUUUCCAAAAUGAAAAGUAUUUUUAUGCAAUUGCUUAAAAGUUCAUUAAUAUUUAUGAUUAUAAAAAUGAAUUUAAAAUUAUUAAAAAAAUUCAAUAAUAUUAAGAUGAAGGUGUAUAGAAAGUUGUUAUUUCAAAUGAUAGUAAGUAUUUAGCAUGGAGUGAAUCUAAUCAUUUAUAAAUAUUAGAAGUAGAAAAAGUUUUUCAGAUAAAACAAAAUUUUCAAGCUUUUGAUGAAAUAAAAUAAAUUUGCUUUUUUUGUGAUAGUAACUUUAUUCUUGCACUAUCUGCCAAAUCUUCCUUUGAUAUUUACAAUAUUUAAAAAGGUGAGAAAUUAAUUUAAGCACUUAAUUAGCUUAGUAUAUCUUAGAAUCCUCCACUUUCUUUCACAAUUGAUGGAAAAUAUUUAGCUUUAGGUUGUUAUGAUGCAACUUGCAAAAUAUUUAUUACAGAUUAAGGAUAAUAAGAGUCUAACUUUUAACCAGAAAGUAACUUAUGA